AUGAAUGAAACUAAUGAAGAGAAGAUCAAUUGUUAAUUACUAAACUUAUCAAAUUAGAAUGUACUUAAUUGCUUAGAAUACAUAGCCUUCGAUUCUAAUUCUACAAUAGUAUUAGCAAUUUAACAACAAAUCAUCAAUUGUUAUUUCUUUAAAAACAAUUAUCUAAAACAUAUGUCUAGUAUUAAAGUGUUAAAAGAUGAAGUAGGCUAUCUUAAUUAACUUGAAUACUUAAAAACUUCAAACUCAAUUUUAACAAUAUAUUAACAACGAAUUCUAAUUGCUAAUCUUAAUGGUUUCAAUACAAGAAAAUUUUUGUUAAAAAAUCGCCUUAAAUUAUAAGGUCGUUGUGGGUCGUUGUUAUUUAAUAAAAUUUAAAGCCACCUAUUUAUCAGCAAUCAGAAUUAAAUCUGUUUUUUCGAAAAGAGAAUGGAUGGAUGGAAAUGCUCUCAAGAAAUUGAAGUCGAUUAUAGUAGAGUUUCAGUGAUUUCAAUGUGUUUAAAUUGUUAAGAGGAUGAGUUGUUAGUUUAAACCAAUAAUGGUUAUACUGGCUCAACUAAAGUUUAUAUUUACCAUAAAAAAACCUAAUAAUAAGAAAUUAAAUGGAUUUAAAUCCAAAGUAUGUGGUAGGGAAUUAUAUUUGGAAAAUUAUGGGGAGGAUUUGUAGACCAUUUCUAUUUAAUUAAUGAAUUUGCUCUUAAUGUUUAUAACAAAUCAAAUUAAUCUUAAGACUACAUACAUUAUGCUUCUUCUGAGUUUAAACAUUCUUAAUCCUUGAUCUUUAAACAGAUUCUGCAAAACAAUCUGGUACUGCUGAUUAAAAAUUAAAGUAUCAGUGUUAUGAAAUUAAAUUAAUAGUAAAAAUUAGAAUAAAUUAAAUAAAUCAAAAUAGACUUGUCUGCAUUAAAUAAUCUAAACCAUGGAUAUUCUUCAAAACAAUCUUUAUUAACUUAAGAUGAAAAGUUAUUAGUAAUUUGGAAUCGCUAAGAUACUUUAAUAAUAGAAAUGAUUUAUAUUUGA